AUGGUAAUUUUUGAUGCGUUUGGGGAGACGUCAAGCAUCGCUGUGGAGUGGACGCUGGAGAGAAUUCUUCAGCCUGGGGAUGUCUUGACACAUCUUGGGAUUUUACGGCAAACAGUCACAGGAAUUGCAAAACUCAUAUCGCCACUUUUCAUCCUCCGGAGGGGAUUCGGACAGCGACACGAUCCUCACAGUAAACACCAUGGUUUCAUGUUCAAAGCACUCAAAGGAGGAACAUCAAAUAACAGUGUCACUGUUGAUCCUGACCCGAGUGAGAAUGCGGCAGUGCUAUCCCGGCGAGAGAAUUGGAUGAAACCAACACUGCAAUCAAGCUGGAUAAAGAGAAAACUUACGACUGAUGAAGUGAUCGCCAAGGUCCCAAAACUCGGGAGCUCGGCACUGCCACUUUGCAAGCACAAGCCCCGCGAUUUCAAGAGACAGACGAGAGAGUUUACGCACGCUGAGCUCGAGGAGGCAACAGACAAUUUCUCGCAUGCCAACUUUCUGGCCGAGGGAGGAUUUGGAUUUGUGUACAAGGGCGUUCUCAAAGGUGGCCAACACAUUGCCGUGAAGAAACACAAGCUCGCCAGCAGGCAAGGAGGGAAGGAGUUUUGUGCAGAGGUCAAGGUUCUGAGUGGAGCACAGCACCGAAACCAGGAUUUUGCGUCGAGGAUGGGAGACAAAAACACAGUGGUACCAUGGUGUGCAAGACAGGGAAUCGCUUUGGGGGCUGCCAGAGCGAUGCGAUAUCUUCACGAGGAAUGCUGGGUUGGAACUAUAACUCAUAGGGUUCUUCUCACACAUGACUAUGCUCCAAUGGUAACAAAUUUACCAUUGUUACUAUAUCAUUUCUAUAUGGUUGGAGAUUUUGGAUUGGCUAGAUGGCCUACAAGCAGCCAGCCCGCAGUUGAGACAAAGGUGUUGCGAGUUUUGGAAGGCGAGAGAGGUGAAGCACCCACCAUAGCUCUAACGCACCUGGGAUCCCACAACCAAGAGCCGGAUUCCACGAGUUCCAAGCAAUACCACGCUCAAAAGUCCGAGCAAGCAAAGCUAGAUUUUGCGAGCCAACAUGAAAGUUGA